AAUCCGAUAGCUGGGAAACGGAGAGACCGGGGAGGAAAAAGUACACGCGGUUCUUGGAAUCCACCGGUAUUUUUGAUCCAUCCAUCCACUUCUCCACCGUCUCCAUGGCUGUCCUGUCCGGCCCCUGGUUUUUGCUGCUGACUUAUAUUAAUAUUGGUACGCGUCGUCUCCUUCCUUCGUCUCGCUCGCUGCUCCUCCUUAUCCGGCUUCCUCUGUCCCCCCGCCGCACCUUGUUUCUUGGCCCGGUUCGUCGCCGGUGACGGUGGAAUUGAAAGCGGCGGCGGCGGCGGUCUGGUUCUUCUUGAUGCGAGGCUAGCUGACGUUUUUUUUUUGGUUGGCUUCUCGAUCGUUGGAGGGGUGUUUUUUUGGUCGGAGAAAGCGCGACGACGUGGUUGAAUUGCUCCGGUGAGUGUGUUGUGUUUGAGCUGCCGAUGAAGGUGGCGGUGGAUCAGGGGAGCAGCGGAUCGGUGGAGGCGAAGAGGAGGAGGGAGGCGAAGGGGAGGAGGAGGUCAGGUGGCGGCGGCGGCGGUGGUGGCGGUGGAGGUGGAGGUGGAGGCGCCGUGGUGCGGCGCACGAGGAGGCGCGUGCUGCUGCGGACGCCGGAGCCGGCGCCUCUGCUCAAGCGGCUUUUCGCGGCGUGCCGCGACGUGUUCCGUGGCCCCGGCACCGUGCCGGCGCCCGACGACGUCGCCCUCAUCCGCGGCAUCCUCGACAAGAUAGGCCCCGGAGACGUGAACCUGAGCGCGGAGCACAACUUCUUCAAGGCCACCGACGCCGCCGCGCUGCCGCACCCUCUCGCCAUCACGCGGACCACCAUCUACACAUGCACCAACUUCUCGAUAGUGAUAUUCUUCCUGCCCCCAACGGCGGUCAUCCCUCUCCACAACCACCCGGGGAUGACCGUGUUCAGCAAGCUGCUCCUCGGCUCGCUCCACAUCAAGUCCUACGACUGGGCCGAGCCCGCCGUCUUCGCCGCCGGCUCCGGCGAUCGCCUGAGGCUGGCGGAGGUGGUGCGCGACGGCGGGUUCAGCGCGCCGAGCGACACGCUGGUGCUGUACCCGGCGGCCGGCGGCAACAUGCACCAGUUCACGGCGGCGACGCCGUGCGCGCUCCUCGACGUCCUCGGACCUCCGUACUCCGAGGACCGGGACUGCACCUACUACCAGGACUUCCCCUACUCCCACUGCCCAAGUGACGACAUUGCAGAGCUGCGUCGCCAUGGCGGCGGCAUGGACGACGAGCAGAUCAGCAGGAUGCGGCAGCUGGGGUGGCUGAAGGAGACGGCCAUGCCCAAGGACCUGGAGAUGUACGAGAUGCCGUACAGAGGCCCGCCCAUCCUGUAGAACGUAAUUAGUACAAUCCGCAGAGGCAUUAAUUGCAGGAGCAGUUUCAUGCGGUGCCUCUCGAUCUCAAAGUCUUGAUCUCAUAGAUUUUCCGUAGCGAGGCGGUAAUUAGUGCUGUCUCGAUCGAUCUGAUCUUCUUCAUUUCGAUGAUCAAAACUCUGCUCAGGUUAAUUACUUUCUUGCGCCGGUGCGUGUGGGUACAUAUUGACAAAGCGUGUGUGAGUGUGUGCAAAAUGCAUGUCUCGAUCCAUCGUACUUGUGUUCUCUUUUUGAUGGUUAAUAGAAGAUCACCAGUGAUGGUUGAUAGAUUAAA